AAGGGUGGGGCAUAGGCUACUAUUAUAAAUUACAGCGUUCGACUUUACACUUCCUGUUUCACUGUACGCUGGAUACGAACACAUCACACAAUGGCGACUAAUGAAUGGAAAAAAAGAUGCGAGACAGAGUGGAAUAUCAAAGACAUUUCGCUGCCGGACAGUGUGGAUUGGAAGUUCGUCUACGAAGCGAAGCCGUUCGGUCGAAAUUUGUUGAGGAAUCCUGCGCCUCACGGUGUGAGUCAGGACUCCCCUCCUCCCGAGCGUGAACUGACAGGGUUUCCUCCAGAAGGACCUCCUCGCUCUGAACCAGAGGGUGACUAUACCGGCUGGACCACCAGCAGAGAGGACCUUGGUUAUGACGCCAGCGGCGUACCACCGGGUGUCACCAUCUGUUACCUGCCUAACUACAGCUGGUUUACCUUGGAGCAGAGAGUGGACCUGAAGGCUGAGGGAGUAUGGGACGAGCUGUUGGAUGGUUUCCAACCUGACAUCGUCAUCAAAGACUGGUAUGAGGAGAGCCAACUGCACGAGUCCAUCUACCAGCUGCGGGUCAGAUUGCUGGGAGCAGAUGGACAGACAGUCAUCUCAGAGCACACCGUGAGCCCCACUGAGGAGCUUAGUGAAUACUCCCACAACUGGAAAGAGGUGUCCCAUGUGUUCUCAGGCUACGGGCCUGGGGUGAGGUAUGUCCACUUCCUCCAUAGACUGAAGAACAAGUUCAUGGUGGAGUUCUUCCCCACCCUGGUCACAGGAAGUACUGUCCUUGUCAAGCCAAGCAAAUUCAGCCAAUAGAAAACCUUCUGAAGGACCACAAUGGAUACUUUGGGAAGUGAUAUCCACAUUAGACCAUGCGUCCAAUGUCCAUAUUUACAGUCAUUGGUAGUGGAAAUGUAGAUCAUAUAUUGGGUUAAUUUUACAUUCUACAUUACAAAGUACUUUUUAAAAUAAAAAAAUAAACCAUCUUUAAAAUGAAAAA